AAGGAGCAGUUCAGACAGCGUUAUCAGAGUGUGGUGACAGGAUAUUCAGUGAAAGACAUGUGGAUAUUUAUAUCUCUCAUUCCCCUGAUGAUACAUCCCAUUGAUACUUCAAUUCUUCAGCCUCCAGGGCAUUCUGGAGUGAGGAUCAAUCCACUCAUCAAACGAUAUGAGGGAUUAUCAUACAACAGGGACAUUGUGCGGCAUCAGCUUUAUCGUGCGAAGCGCUCUGACUGUGAGGAGGAACCAUUCAUUCACCUGCAAUUCUCUGCUCACCAAAGGCAAUUUCGCCUUCGACUGAAAAGAGAUUCAAGUUCGUUCACAGGAGAUUUCAGAAUUAAAACUGAACAUGGCCUGGAAAAAGCUGACCUCUCCCACCUGUACUCUGGGCAUCUACAAGGUGACAGAGCUUCCUUUAGCCAUGGCUCGAUCAUUGACGGCCAGUUUGAAGGCUUUAUCCAAACGGAGAGAGGCAGGUACUACAUUGAACCCAUUGAGCGCCAUGUUCAAGGAGAAAACCCUUCUGUUCAUUCCCUCAUCUAUCACCAGGAUGACAUUGAUGUAUCUCACCCUAAAGGCCGAGGGACAUGGUGCCGGAGCCAGCCGGUAUUGGCUGCACUGCCUCACGAUCAGCACACAGACCAAGGGAGAGUGUCACAGGAGCCUGCAUGUUUGAGAACGCAGAGGGAUGUUUCCCGUUUACUGACGACCUGUUUCCUGCACAUACAUGUUGACCCCUGGUAUUACAGUCUCAUGGGAAGCCAAGAGAGAGUCACAGCUCAGAUUGCGAAUUAUUUGAUGGCAGUGAAUGGAAUAUAUCAGAAUGUGGACUUUCUGGGAAUCCGACAUAUAAACUUCCAGGUUCAGGACCUGUCGAUUGACUCCAAAUGUAACCAUUCCAAUCCUCUCCAUGACCGCUAUGUCAGUAUAGAGAAACUUCUGGAUUUACAUUCCAAGGAAAACUGGAGCAAGUAUUGUCUGUCUUACCUCCUGACAAACCGGGAUUACAGCGGUGAGCUCGGGCUGGCAUGGCAAGGGAAUGUGGCCCAUAAUGGUGGUAUCUGCUCGAGCAGUCUGAACACAGGACUGAUUACCGCCCGCAAGUACGGCUCACAGCUCCCUCUGAGAAUGAUUCACCUGGUUCUGGCUCAUGAGCUUGGCCACAGCCUCGGGUCCCCGCACGACGGGGAUCGGGAAUGUCGUCAUUGGGAAUCUUCACAUCUCCAGAGGAAGCCAGCUGGGAAUUUCUUGAUGUAUCGUUAUGCCUCAUCUGGGGAUGACUAUAAUAAUGAUAAACUGUCUGACUGCACCAUCCAUUACAUCAGCGAGAUCCUGAAGAGAAAGAAAGACAGGUGUUUCCACAAGAGUACGAAGCCAAUCUGUGGCAAUCAGCUGGUGGAGGAGGGGGAACAGUGCGAUGUAGGACACACUAACACUGACCCUUGCUGCUAUGGUGCCAGUCAAUCAGAGGGAGCUCCCUGUCAACUGAAGCCUGGGAAAAGGUGCAGCCCCACCCAGGGACCGUGCUGUGACUCCUGGUGUGAACUGGUGCCCCUGGGUCAGCGCUGCAGGAAGGAGACCGAGUGCAACUUUGAGAGCCGUUGUGAUGGAGCGAGCACGGCCUGCCCCAAUCCCCUUCCCAAAGCUAACUACAGCCUCUGUAACCAGGGAAUGCGUCUGUGCCUGAAUGGGCGAUGCACCGAGUCCCUGUGUGUGAGGCACAACCUGGAACAGUGCAGCUCCCUCAGCCAGUCCAGCGAGGAGGCGUGUCAACUCUGGUGCCAGAGGGCAGGCAAUCCACGGACUUGUUCCAGCUCUUCCUCCGUCCUAUUGCACCAGUAUUUCAACAGCAGCCUGCAGAUGUUACCUCCGGGCUCCCCCUGUAGGCGGAUGCAGGGAUACUGUGACAUGUUCCACGUGUGUCGUCUGGUCAACGAUGACGGGCCCAUCGCCAAACUCGGAAAAGCCAUCUUCAGGCCGAAAGACUUUGAAGGCAUUUCAGAUUGGAUGAAGGCUUAUUGGUGGGCCAUUCUGUUAGCAAUUCUCACCCUUGUCGCGUUAAUGUCGAGCACGGUGUUCAUAUUUGGCAAGACGCUGGAUGGCAUGUCAGCUCAGCCAGAACAAGAGACCAGUUCCUGAGGUGUCACAGGCAAAGGUCUGGGGUGCACCUUCCAGAACCAGCCACAGUCAGUGAGGCCGCAUUAUCACCCUGCCUCCUCAAACACACUGUCCCCUUUGACAGGGCAUUGACCUCCCAGUGAACCCUACCAACAAGGACAGUAUCUCCCAUUGCUGAUAGCGAACAACUUACACAGCUCGACCUUCCCCAUCUGCCACUGGUUUCAUUCAUAAAAUUAAAGAUCAGAUUAAUUU